AUGCCGGACCCGUAUGGACACAUCAAAAUUUUUGCCGACUUAUCAGCAGAAACACUACAGUUUAGGAAAAGUCUGACCCAGAUCACAGCGACCCUGCGAGAGAAGAACAUCGCCUACAGGUGGGGAUACCCAGCCAAACUACUGAUCCACCGCGAGGGGAAAAUGCACGUGAUACUCAACACUGAAAUGGGGCUCCUUAAACUCAAGGACUGGGGCAUACAGGUCGCAGAGGAAGAGAAACAACACCGCCCUAAAAUCCCCAGAGUACCAAGAGACUGGUCAACCGCAUGA